AUGGCGGAGUAUGAGGAGGAAUUUACCUAUCUAUCCAAGUUUGCACCUAAAUUUGUUGCAACUGAAGAAGAUAGAGCACGUCGUUGUGAGGAGGGUCUGCGGCCCCAUAUAAGGUUUCAAGUGAGCUCAUUUGAACUCUCCACUUAUGCAGCGGUAUUGAAGAAAUAUUUAGUGAUCGAAAAGGAACGAAAAGAAAUUUUCUCGGUUGAUGACCACAAAAAUAAUAAUAUGAAGAAGAUGUUCAGAUCGGACGGACGUGGAGGUCACAACAAAAAUUGGCAAAACAAGAGACAAAAUGUGGAUUUCAAAGGAAAGCAGACUAUGAACCAAAAGUCGAUGAGAUGCACCAUAUGUGACAAGUCUAAUCAUGAAGUGAAGAAUUGCUGGAGAGUUAUAGGUGCUUGUCUGAGGUGUGGCCAAAAGGAUCACAAGAUCGCAGAUUGUCCUAAGUUGAAUGAAACUCCAAGUCAUAAUACAUAUCUAUGUGAUCAGCAUCCUCAAGUAAAGGCACGAGUUUACUCUCUAACCGGGCAAGAGGCUCUGGCAAAUAAUGAUGUGGUGUCAAGUACUACACCUAUAUUUUCUACUUUUGCACGAGUACUAUUUAAUUCUGGAGCUUCGCAUUCUUUUAUCACCGCACAAUUUGUUAGAUAG